ACAUGUCUGGAUGCGCACAACCUGCUGGUGGGUUGUGCACAUACCAGACUGCAAUCUUCAAAUAUUGAUACGGUAGCGUCAUGCAGACAAGACAAUUUUUUAUCAGAUAUAUUCUUUCUCUGUUAUAGUAAAUAUGUUUGGAUAAUAAAAUUACAUGAUGGUUACUUUCAUUAAUACACUAAUUUUUUUCUCUCUUGUUAUGUUCUUUUAUUAUUUUAGUUUUUAUUUUACUGAUACUGGUGUUUAGUCAAAAGGGAAAUAACUGUAAAAUAAGGCGUAAAGACACUGAGAAAGUCUGUUUUCUCAGCUUUAUGUAUUGAUAUCAAAGCAAGGGAAAGAUUAAUCCUCCAGCAAGCAUUGUUUUACACAGUAUGUGUUGAUUUUUCUUAUACCACUACAAUGUCUAUUAUUUUUGGGAUAGAGAUUAUUGAUAUAUUAAAGGUUUUACUAACAUAUGUUUGAAGUAAUCCAUUUGUUUGCAUUUGUUUGUUUGCAUGAUUUUUCAAUUCCAGUUUUUGUGAAUAUAAUUUUUAUUUGUUUCAGUCAUUAUUUUUUAUUAAAAUAUGUGUUUUAAUUCUCAUUCUUGUAUAUAUAAAUAAUUUGUUACAAGAGGCAUUACCUAGCAACAAAUUGUAUUGCUCUUAACCUCUCCAGCCCCCUUGCACAACACAAAAUUUAAGCAAGGUCUUUUUUUAUUUCAUUUUGUUUAUUUUCAGCUAGAAUUAUCUGAAUAUUUUUGGAUUGUGCACUGCUCUUGGUAACCUAAUGUAGGAAAAUGGCAAUUUCCUUCAGUUUGAAAGUUGGGGUAGGGAGGGGUAGUUUUUGCAAAGAAUAAACAUAAGGGAAGUAUUAAAGUAUUCAAUCGAAAUGAGUGGCAAGGUUUUCUGUAAUUUGGUGUUGGUGUCCCUACAAUUAGGCUAGAGUAUAUAGUUUGAUUUCUUUCCAUUUUUGCUCAACUUUUUUUAUCUUUCAAACAAUUUCUUAACUGAUAUAGGAAAUUGCCACUAUAUAUUUAAGGCUAAUAUUUUUAAAGCAGUUUUAAUUUGGCAAACAUGUAUUUUUUGCCUUCUGUUAAAAAAUAGCUAUCAGUUUUAUUUUAUUUUAAUGUUGAUAUACGUUUGCUUUUCAGUUUUACUUUGGUGUGAAGAGCCACAGCAGCUUUGUAUACACAAUUACAAUGGUCUUGUUAGAGGUGAAUUCAGUUUAGUCUAAAGAGCUUACACCAGGGAGAGUUGUGACCUGAGUAUGUACAAUUGCAUAAAAUCUCUCCCCUAAUUCUCUCGAGAGUUCAAGAUAUCACAAGUUACUCACCUCUGCAGGUUUAAAAAACUUAACAUAGUGUGUUAAUGUUAUUUUAUAUCCUUUAAGUUUUUAAAAGGUUUUGAAAGUGUUGCAUUUAAAACUUAGGCUAGUAAUAUUUUUUUCCUUUAGCUUAACUAAAAUAUUUUUGUUUGCUGUCUAUCAACAACGUUGUAAACAUAAGUCCUGUGCUACUUUUAUCUUGAUUGUCAUGCAUUGUUAAAAUUUGUUUAUUGUAAUGAUUUAAUUUAGUGAUGCAUCCAUGGCUUAAAUUAUUUUCUUCAUAUGUAAACAAACAAUUCCCAAGUAUACAACAUAACUUGCAAUAUUCCCUGUUAUUUAUACAAAAUUAUUGCAAGCAACAGAAUAUUCUUCAGUUUACGGAGGCGUGUGAUUUUUUGUCGACCGCAACUUUCGUAACAAUCCAAGACAUUCGUUCAAUAAAAAAUGGGUUUGUGAGUACAUUAUCAUUAAGUGAGGAUAAACAUAAAGCAUCUAAAAAUAGAUAUGUUUUAGUUUGUUGUUUAAGCUGGCAAAAAUUAGAUCAAAGUAAUGCUUAUCUUCUGAAAGAUGGAACUGGUGAGAUUGAAUGCUUGCUUUUAUCAAAAGCAAACAAGGCUUUAAAUGAUGAAAUUGUCAUGCUAACUAACUGGUCGUAUAUACCAUCCAACUGUGCUGAAAAACCAAUAUUUAGUUAUUUCGGAGAACUUCGAAAAGAUCUUCUUGAUUAUGUUGAAAUAAACGAUUUGGUAUUGUUCACAUUAGCAAAAAAUGAUGCAUCAAACUUUGCCACUGAAACAAGUUUUAUGUCUAUUUCAGAAUACUUUGAAAUGUAUCAGUCACCCAAAAAUCAUAAAAUGAUAAAUUUGAAAGGUCUUGUCGUCUCCAAAUCUCCUAUUCACAAGUUACGAGGGUGUAACCCGUUCUUUUUAAUUCGUCUUCAAUGUGUUUAUAAUACAGCAAAAUCUGUAGUUGUUGUUAUUCAUGGUUAUGAAAACAUACACUGGAAUAACUGUAUUCAAUUAUUUCAUAUUGCUCAAAUGACCAACCUAAAACAUACUGUAAUGAAUAAAGGGAAAGAAGAAGAACGAAUAAUAUUGUGUGCAAAACAAGCUUCUGCGAUCAGUUUUACUGUAGAUGUGAAUAAGAAAGUCAUUAUUGAGCCAGCUCAUCUUCAUCUCAACACUGUUCAUUAUACUGGCGUAAUCACAAGCACUAAAGAUGCAGAGUUUGGUUUAUACUAUUUAGACUACAAAAUCAAACUACUUCUAUCUCAUCAACCUUGCUUAGGCCUUGGAAAGGGUUUACGAAAGGGUGCAAGUAUCAUGUUAUAUAAUGUUCACAAACUUGACAUAGAAGACGAAGUGAUUUUAUGUUGUUGUACCAUCAGUACUGUACAAAUCAAACGAUUUUCAGAUGAUGAAACUUCAUUUAAUCCAUUUGUUGCCCAACUUCACCCAAUCGCUUCAAAAUGCCAAGAAUUAUCAGCGUCAGAAUAUUUGUGGAUCAUCCAGAGUUUAAAAAAGAUUAACUCACUUCAUAAGUCUUGUGAAGUAAACAAUUGGGCGCAAAGUGACUUUUGGAGGAGUGUUUUUAAAAUCCUAUCCUCUUUUACUGCAAGCGAAAACAAAAGAUCGAUAUUUUCAGAAUUUAUUGAUCUCCCUCAUGCUUGUGUUUUUACACAAAGAUUAAAACAACCAUCAGUGCAUCUUAUGUUCGUAAAAGAUCUGCUUCAUAUUUGUGAAGAAUAUGAAGAUAGUGAGACUUCAAAAUGGUUAACAUCUUCGUUGGAUUGGAUGAAUGGGCGUGAGUUUGACCAGUAUCAGAACGUGUGUGAUGAUAAUAAAUGGGAGUACACGACAAUUGAUUCAGAAUCACUGGAAAAACAAUUAGUGAUUUUCGGUUUAGUUAAGUAUGAGAACGGAAUGCCGAAACUGAUCAGUGGAGACAAUGAGAUACUCAUAACAGGAUUAUCUCAAUAUCAUGAGUUUGAUGAAGCGUUCGUGUUCGUAAAGAAGUUUAAACUUGUUUGGGAAAAGUUUGCGUAUUUGGAGCUGGAUAAACCAACUGCUAAAAUAUCAGAAAAACAUCUACAAAAACAAUAUAUCACAGUUGAAUCGACCAACGUAACAGCUGUAACCGAAAAUGAAACCGUUGCGGUUACCAAGAAACCAAGAAUUGAAGAAACCACAAUUGAUAGCCAAAAAAAUAUUGUUACUGGUACGGUUAUUGCUCGAGAAUUUAAAAGGUCCCAGCAUCUUAGUUAUGAUGUCGAACUUCACCAUGACAACAUGGUAUAUAUACCCAGUAUUGGUCGAAUACAUCCAACAUCAAUCAUCCAAUCGAAUCAAAGCUUUUAUCCCCUAACAACAUCUGUGUUGAUACUUCGUGUAUUGGAGCACGAAUCAAAAGAGAAACUUUCGAUUUAUUUUGACUCAAAUAAAUUGCGAUAUCCGUUGGCUCUUCUUCCAGGUGCUCUUAUUAAAAUAACAAAUGUUAAUAAAGUUACCAGUAAAAGGGGUAGCGUUUAUUAUAAGGUGAAUCUUAGCUCUGCGUUGGAGAUCCUCACCUACCCUCCAUCCACCUUUAAAAGUUUAAGAGAUUUGAUACAUCAGAGAGAGGAAGAGGCUGACGUUGAAAUGGAAAAAACGAUGGUUAUUUCAUGUUACCAAAACACGAAUUUAAAUUUAAAUCACCGUAGCAACGGCGUGUUUUUGAUCAUCGGCAGGAUCAGUUUGGUUCAUUCUGUGCAUGGGAGAUGGAAAUGUAUGGAAUGUUUCAAACAUAUUCAAGAAAAUGUUUGUUCUCCUGGCUGUCAAGGACGAAGGACAUUUGCACUUGAACUGAGAUGUGUUUUUGACGAUGGUUCAGCAGAAUGUUACCUCUAUAUUGAUGACGUCAAUGCCGAAAAAAUACUCGAGUUGAGUCAAGUUGACAUUGCCCUUUUGAAAUCUGUCGCUCAUAAAGAUGGCGGUGUUACGUAUCAGAGAAGUUUAAUAACACACGAGGCUUCCAAGUGCCAAGAAAAAAUAUCCGAAAAACAAAAAUGCGAACUUCUUCUACAGCAGAAAAUAUCAAACUAUAGUUUGUAUCAGUGCCGGCGUUUUCGCUGCAAGCGAUUUAGAAGGAAAGAAAAUCAUACAGGCUAUCAAAACUCCAUACUUGUUUCCGAUGGGACUGAAUACCAUACGCUGUCGCUACCUAAACUGUUAUUACAAUGCAUAUCUUUUAAACCUGUUAAUUACAAGAUGGAGAUACAAAAGUCGAUGAUGGAAUUAGUUGUGUGAAACUUUAUUCUUUCCCGUUAGAUUGAUUCCCUGUGAUAAGAUCUGGGAAAGAGUUUGCCUUCCACGUCGUGUUAUGAUAUCGAUAUGAUGAUAUGGAAACCACGCGACACAAAAAUAUUAAUGAAGAUUUUGUAAAGUGAUGUGAUACUAUGUUUUUCCAAUGAGACUUGUGUGUUAGCUUACGUCAUUGUGCGGGAUUGCGUGACGUCAUGAAACAUCUGUUUUAUAAUGCCCUGUCAUGAUUCGCGAUUCCAAUCUUUUGCGUAACGAAACCUGAUACCAACCUCGUCCUGAAUCCUAUUUUCAGCGUAUUUUUCUAUCAAUGUUUUUACAGUGUGUGUUUUAACUUUAGAGAAAAUAUUUUGUUUUCCCAGCGAUUUCAUACUAAUGUUUGUUGAAGCGAUCCUCGUUGAUUUUUUUGUUUUUGUUUUAAAUACAUUGAUUUAUAAUGAAGGCAUCCUAAAUACACCUUAUCGGACAAAAAUUGUCGGAAAAAAGAGAAGAUAUUUUUUUUUUUGAGGAUGAAAAAUAUUUUGUCAGACGAAAUGAAACGACGAUAAGAUAGCUGAAAAUUUUUCUUUUUAAAUUUUCGAAACGAGUAAAAUAAUGAGAAUAGAGUGGUUGUUAAAAGCCACUGUUUGAAUUUUUUUAAUGUCGUGCUUUGUUGGAAUUGUCACUCAACGAACAAUCAGAUUUUACUCAUUUAAAUUCUUCUUGUUACAUUGAUAACGUGAUCUCUUUCUUGAUGAAUUUUUAACAAUCUCGAAUUUUGUAAACAGAUUUUUUUUUAUUAAAUUUUUCAAAUUUGCAUACAGCACGUAGAUCUUCGUGACAACAUUUAUGCGUACAGUUUAUAUAACAAAUUGUAAUCAUUUAAACUUCAAAGACUUAAGCUUAAGCGAGGUAAGAUCAAUUACGAGUCAUGUGAACAUACCAAUAUUUGGACUGACGCUGGUAAACUUUUCAUCGCUUUAUUUAAAAUUCGUGUAGGCCACUAAAAUCAAAAAUUGAGUCCUGAUAGAUCCUGAAUAAAGUUCACGCGUCAGCAU